AUGAACUUCCUGCCGAGCGGAUCCUGCUUUUAUUUCUGUGCGCUGAUCUGCGGGCUGGCGGGGGUCGAGGCGUCCUGGUGGUACAUGGGCUCCCUGGGCUCCCGGGUCAUGUGCGACAACGUCCCGGGCCUGGUGAUCCGGCAGCGCCAGCUGUGCCGCCAGCAGCCCCGGGUGAUGCAGGCCAUCGGGGCCGGGGUCCAGGACUGGCUGUCUGAGUGCCGGCACCAGUUCCGCAACCACCGCUGGAACUGCAACGCCACCGCCCGCGAGCACAACCUGUUCGGACGGCUGCUGCUGCGCAGCAGCCGCGAGGUGGCCUUCGUCUACGCCAUCUCCUCGGCCGGGGUGGUCCACACGCUGGCUCGGGCCUGCAGCCAGGGCCAGCUGGACUCCUGCUCCUGCGACCCCACCAAGAGGGGCUCGUCCCGGGACGCCCGGGGCUCCUUCAGCUGGGGCGGCUGCAGCGACCACGUGGAGCACGCCAUGCGCUUCAGCCAGCUGUUCGUGGACGCCAAGGAGAAGACGGAGCGGGACGGCCGGGCGCUGAUGAACCUGCACAACAACCGAGCCGGCAGGAAGGCCGUGAAGCGCUUCAUGACCCUGGAGUGUAAAUGUCACGGGGUCAGCGGCUCCUGCAGCGUCCGGACCUGCUGGCUGGCCAUGGCGGACUUCCGGCGCACCGGCGAACACUUACGGAAGCGGUACGACGGCGCCGUGCAGGUCGCGGUGAACCAGUACGGCACCGGCUUCACCGCGGCGCACACACACUUCAAACGCCCCAGCAAGAACGACCUGGUCUACUUCGAGGACUCGCCGGACUACUGCAUCCGGGACCAGGACUCAGGUUCGGUGGGGACCGGAGGACGGGCGUGCAACCGGACGUCCCGCGGCGUGGACGGCUGCGAGGUGAUGUGCUGCGGCCGCGGCUACGACACGUCCCGCGUCAGCCGCACCACCAAGUGCGAGUGCAAGUUCCACUGGUGCUGCGCCGUGCGCUGCCGCGACUGCCACCAGCAGCUGGAUGUGCACACCUGCAAGGGCCAGACGUGA